AUUGUGGUGACGGCUGCAGUGGUGACUGUACCACCUGUUUUUUCAUACACCGCUGAGAAGCCCUGAGUGUUAGACUGGGUGAACUUUGGGUCGCUGGUGCUCGGCGAACGCUAACAGGUGUCACAAAACAGUCUUCAGCCUAAUGGAGGACUCCGAGCAGCUUUUGGCCGUCAGGUCAGAGGCGAGUCAGCGAAACGGCCGCUGCAGCUUAGAUACAAAGACGGUGGAGGAUUUCAGAUGGAGGCUCAAAUACUUCUUCAUGAAUCCCUGCGAGAAGUACAGAGCCAGGGGUCGGAAACCGUGGAAACUGAUGAUACAAAUAUUAAAAAUUGCAAUCACUACUAUCCAGUUGGUGUCUUUUGGACUGAGUAACGAAAUGAUGGUGACUUUCAAGGAUGAAAAUUUGAUGACAUUCAGGAAUCUGUUUCUCAAAGGAUACAAGGAUCACCGGCACGGAAGCCUUUCCCUUUAUACCAAAAGAGAUGUGAAUGAGCACAUUCACUACAUUAUCAACAGGUAUACCAAUCUCCAAAACCUGACUGUAGGUAAUCUUGCAUACGAGCUCAUUAAUGGCGACUACACUCCUCUGACUUUGUGUCAAGUGUUUUAUAGAAACAGCACCAUCGAUCCUGAAAACGACACCUUUGAUAUUGAUCCGCAUAUUGAUAAAGAUUGUAUUUCCAUACACCCUAUGCAAUCACUGAGCAACAACACUCUGGCAACACAUCCCAACUUCUCUUUGGAUUUCAGAAGGCUGCUAUCUGUGAACAUCUACCUAACUCUGAAAACCAUCAAUCUGCAGACUGUGCGGCACCACGAGCUACCAGACUGUUAUGAUUUCCACAUAGUGAUCAUUUUUGACAAUCGUGCACACAGCGGAAAGAUAAAGGUUGAUAUUGAAAAUGAUGUUAGAAUUUAUGAAUGCAGUGACUGGAACGUGGAAGGCACAUCUGGGAAGAACGAUUAUCUCCUCUUGUCGUUUGAUUCUGUGGUCAUCCUCGCCUGUUUCGCCUCUCUCAUCCUCUGCAUACGAUCUGUCAUCCAUGGUAUCCAGCUCCAGUUUGAGUUCAACAUCUUUUUCCAUGCCUACUACAAUAAAACUGUGUCCUGGUCAGACCGCAUGGAGUUUGUGAAUGGCUGGUACAUGCUCAUUAUUGUCAGUGACAUAAUGACCAUCACUGGAUCAGUGCUGAAAAUUGGAAUACAAACAAAGUUCUUAACAAACUAUGACGUCUGCAGUAUCUUGCUGGGAACAGCCACAAUGCUUGUCUGGGUUGGUGUGAUUCGUUACCUGAGUUUCUUCAAGAAAUACAACAUCUUAAUCUUAACCUUGAGGGCGGCAUUGCCCAAUGUGUUUCGAUUCUGCGUCUGUGCAGCCAUGAUCUACCUCGGGUACUGUUUCUGUGGCUGGAUCGUCCUUGGACCUUACCAUGACAAAUUCAGAACACUGGCUAAAGUGACAGAGUGCCUCUUCUCUCUCCUCAAUGGUGAUGAUAUGUUUUCCACCUUUCUGAGGAUGAGAGACAAAACCUACAUGGUGUGGCUCUUCAGCAGACUCUACCUCUAUUCCUUCAUCUCAAUCUUCAUCUACAUGGUGCUCAGUCUGUUCAUUGCUCUUAUCAAUGACACGUACGAAACCAUCAAGCAUCAUCAGAAGGACAAGGAGCCAGUGUCCCAGCUUCAGGCCUUCAUUGCAGAGUGCAUAGAUCAGCCCGAGUCUGGACGAUACCAGAUUACUGACGAGUCGACCUGCUGCAUGUUUUCACGUGGCUGCUUUGGAUAACAGGGUGUAGUGUCAUCAUUUUGCCAAGUGUGAGCAAAGAGUUGCCCUCAUGUGACUGCAAAAUGCCCCACAGGGUCCUGAGAGUCUGUAUAGAGCCUUUGUUAACACUAUUGGGUGAUAGUGAUGGAAUAUCUUCCAACUUAAACAGAUGUACUUUUACUUGAGUUUUGACUGUUUUAGAACUAGUAAAUUAGCAAAGUUCCUAUGUUAAGGACAUGCUGGUAUAAUAUGGCCACAUUAUAAACCAAUGUAACAGCAAUAUCAAUCAUUGCCGUAUAAAUAUGUCAAACAAUA